GCCCAUCAAACAGUGAAUUGUAGUUGCAAGUGGAGGAUCGUUGCAUUUGGGAUUAUCCGCUGAAAAGAAGAUAAUUGGUGUCUCUAUUGAGUUGGUGUGAUGUUGCCAUUGAAAACACUGAGGCUUUCUGCUGUGGUGCCCCUUCUUCUUGUAUUUAUCUGUGAUCGAACCAUCGUCAAGGGGAGUCGCCUUGGGGACCUCAAGCGAUAUGAAUUUGGCAGUCCAAAUUACAGACUACCCCCCGGAGAGAUACUAGCGAGAGAUCCAUGGGCCAAGUACAAAACAGCCGGACGUCCGCGGAGGCAGCUGUUUCCGGUACACCAUGAUCCCUUCAGCAGUUUCUUCCAUUCAAUGUCCGAAGGUGCCAAGGUUAUGAAACAUGCCUUCACUGACCCAUACACCAGGCGUCCUAAACGUCUCCUGUACCCUCAAGGGAAGUACAUCAGAGGAACACAUCAGUCCUUCGCAAACUAUUUUAAGCCAGAAGACUUCUCCACAACAACUGAGUUCAAGCCUCUCGAGGAAUUCCCUAACCACGAUACACACACAGAGGAACACUAUCACUACGAUGACACCGGAAAGAGGAUUCCACCUCCGCCCGGAUUUAAGUUUCCAACAACUCUUCAUGGAAUGGCUUCUAUGGACUCCUUCACGACGUUCCCAACAGAGAAGAAGCCCGAUCUUGUGCCUGAGAACGUUCUGAGGGAGAUCGAGAAGCAGGAAGAACAGAAGGCUGAAGAUGCUAUGAUUGCUGAAUACAAAGAAUACAAACAGACCUUCAAGGAAACGAAACCCAAACACUUAUUUACAAUCAAGACAACCUACAAGAGCCCCUUCGAUAUUGCCGGGGAGAACGGUUGGAUUCCGAUGGAGAGCGGAGCCACGAGCACCCUGAAUAACUUCAAGGGAUUCUCUGGAUUUGAAGAUCUCAAAGCAGCUGGUGGGGAAAUGACACAGUCAUUCCCUGUCAGUAGUCUACAUACAGAUGUCAUGAACUUACCCAUUGGGAAGCAGGUUCAGUACGAGAAACGCGUGAUCCCGAUUAAGGAUUUCGUCAUGAAGGAGAUCGUUGACAAGAACACCAAGAAACCGAAGUAUACAGUCUACCAGUUCACCAAGUCCUCAGCCAGCCCGACGCUCAAACCAUUGUCCUCAGCAGAUGACUUCAACAGUUUCUUUUUAUCGUCAUUGGAUUCGCCUAAGACGAAAUCCGUUACCACAAUGUCUCCUAUUGUGAUCGAUACUACUGGAUCGAAUGAAGUUAUCGUAACACCUUCGCCGUCUUCUAGUCCUUGGAGAGUAUCUCCAUCGGUUUCUGCUGAAAUCUUCCCUUCGUCUACUGCCACUACUUGGUCAUCACCAACAACUCGAGCUCCAGCGAGAUCUAGCACAAGGUCACCAACCAGGGCGCCAACCCGGUCGCCAACUAGGGCACCAACUAGGUCAUCAACUAGAUCCCCAAUAAAGUCUUCAACCCGGGCCCCGAGACUCGUCUCGACAACUGAGAAGCCAAACUAUCCAGAAUUCUUCUUCGAAACGCUUCAUUCUGAUUCAGGAAGUGGCUUCUCGAGUGGGAUCGGAAGUGACCUGUCUUCCAGUGUGAUCACAACGGGAUCAUCAAGUGGAUACUCAGGAUCCUCAAGUGGAUUCUCAAGCGGGUCCUCAAGUAUAUUUUCAAAUGAACCUUUAGGUAGCUACUCAACUGGAUCGUCCAGUAGUUAUUCAAGUGGAUCAUCGAUCGGAUCAUCGAUUGGAUCAUCGAUUGGAUCAUCGAGUGGAUCAUCAAGUGGAAGGAAACGACAGAAGGAGAGCCGAUCUCGUCAAAAGAGCAGUCGAUCUUCACCAUCUGAAGAUAUCUUCAAGGGCAGUUACUCCCACUACCCAAGUCCAGCCAAGUUCAAGGCCCUUGAUACGCAAAAGUUGCAACUGGAGGCAGAAAUUAACAAGAUGCUGGAACAGAAAGUGGAGGAGGACAAACCCAUACCAAGCAGUACUCAAGAUCCACUACAGGAUGGAUUUGUGAAGUACCAUGUGAACGAGAGUCCCUCGGAUUCCCAUGUGGAGCUCGAGAAACCCAUCAAGAUGAAGGAUCAGAAGAAGCAGUCGCUGAAGAAGUUGCAGGCAAGUUCAGUGCCAAUGGUUAGUUUUCAGCCCAAAUCACCUUCAUCAGUUGUCCACUCAUCCCAACCUGCCAUUUCCGUGGAGAAGAAGCGAACCACCACAACACCCCUGACCCCAAUUAAAUUUGACUUUGAGAACACAGAAAAGGUCAGGAGGCCACCAUCAAGCUACAGCUACAGCUUCAGCAAGGAACCCCGCAAGCGCCAGCGGCCCCAAGGCAACUACCGUGACUCCUCCGUGUCCGGGAGUUCGAGUGUGGAGCGCAAUGCGAGUCGCGGACGCGGAUCCGUAAAAUAUGGCGACAAGCUCCGAUAGAGCAUCCAAUUGUGGGACCAUCUCAACCAUAUCCCCCACAAAAGCCACGAAAGGGUUGUAUUUAUAGAUUUUUUUUGAAUUAAAAAAAAAAUACGUAAAGAAAAUUUGAGGAGUGAAAAAAGCGUAGUAUUAAGUGAUUCCAUGUUUAAUUGUUUAACGUGAUCAGCGAGAAAUUCCAUCGAUUUACCAAAUGGUGUGAUGAAGAAAGAAAGAAAAAUCGAGUGUGUAAUUGAAGCGGAUAGAAUCAGUGUACCAAAGUCGAUAUUUUUGUUUUCAGUGUUGGGUAUCUCUCUUUUUUUUUCGGAGUGAAAAGAGGCUAGAAAUUUUCUCUCUCGCAGAAAUUGUACAUAUUGUUAAGAGAAAAGAGAUGUAAAUUAAAUGCACACGAAAACUUAUCGAAGUGUGGAAAUCAUAA